AUGCCGGCCGCGAACGAGGGCCAGGAUGCCAUCAAGGUCGUCGGUGUGGGAGGAUGCGGCGUCGACUACCUGGCGUCGGUUGCCUGCUACCCCAAGCCCGACGAGAAGCUUCGCACCCAGGCGCUGGAGGUGCAGGGCGGCGGCAACUGCGGCAACGCGCUCACGGCCGCCGCGCGCCUCGGGCUCGCGCCCUACGUGCUGAGUCAGGUCGGGGGGGACUCCCUCGGCGACGGCAUCGCUGCUGAGCUAGAGAGCGAAGGCGUGAACACGGCGGGGCUGCUGCGCGAGCCGGGCUUCCCGUCGCCGUUCACGUACAUCAUCGUCGACCGGGAGGGCGGCACGCGGACGUGCAUCCACACCCCGGGGCCGGUCCUGGCGCCGGAGGCGGUGGACAGGGCGCAGGUCAGACAGAUCGUGGGGGGGAGUAAAGUGGUGUACUUUGACGGCCGACUGACCGAAGCGGCCAUCGUGGUGCGUGCCGAGCCCUGCGGCGCCCGGGUCGCUGAGAUCGCGGCGGAGGUGGGCGUGCCCAUCCUGGUGGAAGCGGAGCGUCUGCGGCCCAACCUGGACGUCCUGAUGGGGUUCGCAGACUACCUUUUUACGUCCGAGAACUACCCCCAGGACCUGACAGGGCUGGACAGCCUCGGCGACGCGAUCCUCGUCCUGCUCUCGGCGCACCCGAAGGCGCGCUUCGUGCUCACGACGCUCGGCAAGCGGGGGUCCGUGCUCGUGGAGCGCUGCGACGCAAGCGGCGCCGGGGACGAGAGCACGCUCGACGACGUCGUGGCCGCACUCAGAGAGGAGCUCGAUGGUGGCGCGGGCGCGGGCGGCGGCGCGGGCUGCGUGCGCGACGGUGGCGCGGUCGAGGUCAGGGCAGGUGGGGUUGUGUCGACGUCAGGCCCCGUACGUCUCGUGCCCAGCGCGAGGGGCGAUGCGGAGGCCAAGGCGCGUGCCGCCGCGGCCGCCGCGCGAGCGGCCGCCUCGAACGCUCGGCCGGGAGAGGCGGACUCGGGGUACGGGUCUGGCGGCGAUGCGGAAGCGGUGCCAGUGACGGCGCGCGUGUACGUAGCGGGCGCUGCCAGCAUCGUCCGAGGCGACGUGCUGGACACGACGGGCGCAGGGGACGCGUUCAUGGGAUCGACGCUGUACGGGCUCGCGAAGGGGCUGCCGCGCGACGCGAUGAUGCGUCUGGGAGCGGUGGUGGCGGCAACAAAGUGCACGAAGCUGGGGGCGCGGCCCGGGCUGCCAAUGCGCAGCGAGAUCGACCCCGAGCUGCUUUGA